UUUCUUUUUGUUUCCAGCGUUAUGGUCGCGCCUUCAUCUGCAAGCCUUCCCUUCCCCCACACACACAUCCUUUGGACGAAUCUCCACUUGGGGAUCAGCCCCAGCGGAUCCUAAAAUCCAUUUCUAGCCAUUGUCAAAUAGUUUCCACGUUGGCCAUGUUCCUUGCUCCCUUUUUCGCGUGGCAGACCGUCCCACAUGGCACCAAUCCUGCAAUGUGAAAAGUUUAAGCGGAUUGAGGCUGGCCACAUGGUUUUUCGUUUUCUAGAAAGCAUGGUUGCAUGCCCCUAGAAGGUCAAAGAUUCCGUUCCUGAUUCGACAUGUAGCCAACUGUCAGCCAACUAGGAAAGGAAGCCUAUGUUCCAAUUUGUUGCAGGGUUAACUCUAAUGCUCAUUGCCCAUUCCUCAUACCGACAGCGCAUGGAAUGGUGGUCUUCAUCUCGAUUCGGUGUAGCUCAUCUACCGAUUUAGCUCGCAGAUCUUUGAACAAGGGCGAUUCCUCUCCAGUUUAAAGGCGACCGGAAUUCUCGAGUUCUCGGAAGUGUGCACUCAUCUCUUUCUCCAUCCAAGACUGUGGACACCAUCAUAGGGUGUGGAUUAUUUAUAACCUCUCUUUUCACGCCCCAACCCGUAACGGCCUCCACUUGAAGUCUUUUCGUGUGGACUUGGCUAGACCACUCCCUCUUCCCUCUCCGUCGGUACUAUGACUUCAUCAAGUCGUUCCACUGGGAAGAGACUGCCAAUUAGCUGUCAAGCAUGCCGUACAAGGAAGAUCCGCUGCUCUCGAGACGGCCGUCCAUGCCAGACAUGCGUCCGACGAGGAUUAGGAGCAGAAGACUGUGUCUACUUGGGCCAGCCUCGGUUAUCCUCUGAGAAUGCCGUGACGGCGGACGCGACUUUGCAAAAGGAGCUGCUGGCGCGCAUCCGCAAUCUUGAAGAUACACUGCACAAGCAGGCCGCCAGUUCAUACAUGAGUGAUUCCCUUUCACCUCAAAUGUCGCCGAGUGUGGCCGGGAGCUUCUCGGAACCAGACAGUUCCCUCGGUCUCAGCCAGCCUGACAUCAGAAGCCCGUUCUUGGGCAACUUUGGCACCCUACAGACAUUUUCUUCAGGCUAUGUCCGUUAUCUCCCGCUGGCAUCUCAAUGGGGUUCAGUGACUGGAAGUGCCGUGCAAGACGUUGAUGCCGACAUCCCAGAGGAAGGCGAUGAUUUGCAGAUUCCCUUUGCCAAAAACAAUAUCUCUAGAGAGGAAUUGCUGGCAGUGCUUCCUCCGGGCCGAUAUUGCGACGCGCUAAAAGACGUCUACUUCCGAGUAUUCUCUCCUAUGUUCCAUAUUCUGCAUGAUUUGACAUUCGAGGCUGAGUAUCAGCGAUUCUGUCACGAUCCAAGCAGUGUAAGCACGGCAUGGAUUGCCCUCUUAUUUAUUAUUUUGGGAAUUGCAGUCACCGCCCUUGAUGACGAUGAUCCACUGCUAUCCGACUUGGGCCGUGAAAAAACGGUCAGCCGCAAUAUCAAAGUCCUAUCAUCGCGCUAUCGCUCGGCAGCGCUGCGAUGCUUGGCAGCUGAUGGCGUGUUUUCUCGCCACUCCAUCAAUUCUCUCCAGUGCCUCGUCCUCGUUAACUACGCAAGGAUCCACCGUGGACUACCUACAUGGACCUUAUUGGGCUUUACGCAUCAUGUGGCAAUCUCAAUGGGGUGUCAUGUUGACCCGGAACGAUUUGGCCUGGGGCCCAUCGAGCGUGAGGAGCGUAGGCGUGCCUGGACCGGCCUCAUGAUCCUCUAUAUUAACCAGAACAACACCUUUGGCGGCCCCGAUCAGAGACUACACUCUCAGGAUGUAAAGUUCCCGCUGGAGAUCAACGACGUGGACUUGCUCACAGGAGGUGCAUCAGAGGCUACAACGCAUCCCACUCAGAUGACCUACCUCCUGCUCGAAUACCAGCUAUCCAAGGUCUCUUCGAUGAUCUGCGAAACCCUCUUCACAUUCACCCCAAGAUUCAGCAUCUCGCAGAUCGAGACUGAGAUCCUAGCGAUCCAUGAAACCUGCGACAAGCGGUAUCAACUCGACGCCAGCGGUGAAACACUUCCAACCCACCAUCUGGCCAACUUAAACACCCUGUACGGCCACCUCCACCAGCUGUUUCUUCUCGCCCUCCGGCCCAACCUAUGCCGCUACUUGCAAGGCGAGGUUACGCCCGAGACAUGCGCUGCGAGAACCAAGUGCGCCGCAUCUGCCAAGGCAACUCUGGCAAUCUACCAGUCCCUACACGACCUGCCCCAGUAUUCCACAUACAAAUGGUACAACAGUGGGCUGGGAAGCUUCCACGCAUUCCACGCAGUCGUUGUUCUCUGCGCUAUUCUCAUGCACCCGGACAGCCAGUUCGAAUUCAACGAGACCCACGACCUCCUCUGGCGGUCAUUGGAUGCCUUCGCCGCAUUGUCGAACCGCAGUAAUUUCUGCAGUAAAGCCGUGCCGGUUAUACGCCAGCUUCUCGACUUCGUCAGUGCCCGAAGCCAGCAACAACCAAACCUAGUACCAAUGGACAACACCGGCCCGACCUCGGCUGCAUCAUCCUUCAUCCAAUCCUACCCCACUCCACCGGUGGAAUACAUCCCGGAGUCACUCUUUUCUCAACUCCGUGCCCAGAACUGGGUGAGUCCGUCAUCGGUCCAGUGGGAUGGCUGGAACUUCCUCGCGCAGGAGCAACGCCUCCGUCAGUCAGGGCUGGGGUAAAUUGAUGGCUGGGGCCGCAUUACCAAUACUCGAUCUCAUGGUUCAGUACAAAAGACCAUGCUAUUUCCGGCUAGAGAGACCGAGCCCGGCUCUGGUUGUGGAAUAUCCGCCGUUCGAUCUAAGAUCGACUCAGUCUAGCUUUGCAGAAAGAAAGCUAAAGCGAGGUGGCGGGAGCCCCGUCGGAGUAAAUCCGAUGUCACGACCUCCUCGUAUACGAGUCAAGCAUGAAAUCAAGCAAUCAUGCUUGUUUGCUCUUGGGGAGGGAGUCAGUCCCUAAGUAAGUUGGGGGUGACUGCAAUUAGGUUCUCUGGUGCGAGUUACCCCGCGUCCAGAAAUCAAGACCUUCGUGGUCUAGCACAGCUUUUACAAUUGGCUAUAUUCGCUGCAAUUGUGAUAUCUGGAGAAAAUGAUCUGGAUCAUUCUCUCAACGUUCUUUAAUACUCUUUCCUUGUCUUCUGUAUGGAACCGUCUCACGACACGUCUCUGUUUUCUUUUGUCACAUAGAAUAGAAUUAAUCAUUGGAAAUUUAUUAUGUCAGACUAUCUCAA